AUGCCCAGUAAAUUAUUAUUAUUAUUAUUAUUAUUAUUAUUAUUAUUCCAUUCCACCUCCUUCUCCUAUAUAAUCUUCUUUUUUCUUUUCGCCCUUUUCCUCCUUCUCCUCCUCCCAAUACUACAACUUCUUCUUCACUUUCUUUUUACAUUUCCACAUUUUCUUUCCCCUUUCCUAUCCAACUUUCUACUUCACCUUCGAAACGACCUCCCACUACUUCUCAAUUUUGUUCUUCCUCUCUUACACCACCACUUCCUUCUCCUUUUUUUUCUCUUCCUCUUCUUCCUUUGUUCCAGCUCCUCCAUCGCCUUCUUUCGUUCAGCCCCUCCUCCUCAGUCUUCUUUUUUUCUUGUCCUCCACCUUCUACUAGUACAAUUUCAUCUUCUUCUACUAUGCUCCCACUUCCUCCUCCUCCUCCUCCUCAUCCUCCUCCUUCUUAUUCUACCUUCUUCUCCUUCUCCUUCUCCUCCUUCUUAUAAAUCUUACUACUGCUACUUCUAUUACAGUUUUACUCCUACUUUUGUUUCUUCUAUUCUGCCUCCUACCUCAUUUCUUCUUCUUCUUCUUCUUCUUCUUCUUCUUCUUCUUCUUCCACACCUAACCCCCUACCCCUUUCUCUUCUUCUUCUUUUCUUCUUCCUCUUCUAAAACAAAAGAAACUCAAGUUAAUGAUGUAUUAGGACUGCCAGCAAAUAGGUAA